AAAGGCAUCACGUGAGAAACGACCAAAAAAGCAGUCACCACUUCAUUCUGAAAUUGUGAUAACCAUGAAAGGAAGUUAAGUUUGAAUUGAGAGAGUAAGCAAGGAAAAAGAAAAUGUUCAUAAGCCUUCAACUAGACUCAACUCAUAGAGUCAUUAUAGCUUUGAAACUCUCAUAUCUGCUGCUAUUUCUCUUUUCUUCAAUUCCUAAUGCCCUAGGCUACACUAGCAGAGCUCAUAUCUUCAUUUAUGCUGGCUGCUCUCAAGAAAAAUACCAACCAAACACACCCUUUGAAGCCAACCUCAACUCCUUAUUGUCUUCAGUUUCUGUCUCAUCUUCUGAGAAUUCUUACAAUAGCUUUGCUAUUGGAAAUGGAAGCUCGUCACCACCAGAGGGAUCCAUAUAUGGCUUAUACCAGUGCAGGAGUGAUUUGAGGCCAAAGGAAUGCUCAAAAUGUGUUAAAAGUUGUGUUGACCAAAUAGGCUUGGUCUGUCCCUUGGCACUUGGAGCAUCUCUGCAACUUGAAGGCUGUUAUAUCAGAUAUGAGCAUGUUGAUUUCCUUGGAAAACCUGACACAAGCCUUUGGUACAAGAAGUGCAGUAAAGCAGUGACAAGUGAUGCUGAGUUCUUGAGGCGUAGAGAUGAUGUUCUUUCUGAUUUGCAAGCAGCUAAUGGAUUUGGAGUCAGUAGUUCUGGUUUUGUUGAAGGGUUUGCACUGUGUUUGGGAGAUUUGAAUGUGGCUGAUUGCUCCUCCUGUCUUCAAGCAGCAGUUGGAAAGCUUAGGAGCAUUUGUGGUUCAGCAGCAUCGGCUGAUGUGUUCUUGGCACAAUGUUAUUCUCGCUACUGGGAAGCUGGCUACUAUGAUCAAGCAGAAUCUUCUGAUGAGGAUGACCAAGUGGGAAAAUCAGUUGCCAUUAUUGUGGGAGUGCUUGCUGGUUUAGCCGUUAUUGUCGUCCUUCUCUCAAUCUGCAAAAGAGCAUUUGGCUAAAAAAUGUGGAGAUGGGAAGAAGAGUGUAAUCAUUUCAAAAUAUAUGCAAAUGGAAAUGGUUGAUAAAAAGUAUUUUAUGGAAGUUCUUUUUUCACUUUUGUGCUAUUAUUAUUAUUAUUAAUAAUAAUAUUAUUAAUAAAUUAUGCUUCUUUUAGAAGAUGGACGUAAUCUUGUGGAUCCGUAAAGUGGAUGUCUCGCCACCUUCAAGAAAAGGCUGCAAAAUCACUUGAUCUCGUGAUCUUACAAAAUGGGAUCAUUCUUUUUGAUAAAAAUAAACUUAUUUAUUGCUUUACUGCUAUAGUGUGCAUUUAUUUUUUAUUUGUCUAUCUGUCUCGUUAAUUAAAUGUUCUUCUUAAGAGGGAAAUGUAGAUUUUGUGUGUUUUUAAAUUAAAGGCAAUAAUUAUUGAU